AUAUAAUUAUUUAUUUAUCCAAGUAUUUAUUUAUUUAGUUUUGGCCCCUAUAAUGCUCCAUAUGGGAGCUGUCCACCGCCGUGGUGUUGAAACUAAAUCAAUCGAUGCCAGGAAAGUCGAUCACCCACCACUUUAUAAGCGCAUGAAUCACACACAACACCCUGUGGUCCCCACACACAGGUGCAAUUAGGCCACGCGCGCGUGUGUGUGAACACAGCUAACAGGUGUAUUCAAGUAGUAAUCAAGCCCAUUAACGCAUAUAUACCCCCCUGUGGCUAGGCACACAUAUGUGAGAAUGGAAAAAACGGGGACGAAACGAGGUAAGAGGUCACCCUCCUUUACCCCGGAGGAGAUGGCCGUCCUAAUAGAUGAGGUAAGCCAGCACCGGGAUGACCUAUUUGGGGGAACAAAGGGUAAAAAAACCCUAGUAUUAAAAAAACGCAUUUGGCAGGCCAUAGCACAAAGGAUGUCCCCCUCUAGCCCCUGUGGUCUCCGGGACUGGGGUGCGGUCAGAAAGAAAUGGCAGGAAUUUCAGAGCCAAACCAAAAAAAAAAGUGCUACGGUGAGGCAAGAGACCAUGGGCACGGGUGGUGGCGCACCCGGUGCUACAACCCUCACCCCUGAAAAGGAAAAAGUUAUUUCCAUUAUUGGAAAGACGGCCUCUGAGGGCAUUGGAGGAGGCAUUGAUAUGCUUGGGGACGAGGGCCUCUCGGGGAACAGUGAGGACGAGGAGGAGGAGGGGCCAUCUGGGAGCGGAGUACUCACAUACACGUCCCCAGGAGAGGACCACCCCCCACAACUAAGACCUGUCCCCGCGCGCCAACCAGCAGGGCCCGGUGUCCGCAUGUGGGGAGGCCUAAGAAGGCGGCCCUCCAUAAUGACCUGCACCUGCAGCGAGACGCUGGUGCAAAUAGAAAGGGAGAAACUGGUGGUGCUGCGGGGGAUAGAGGGCCACCUGGAGAGACAGACUGCCCUCCAGGAGGAGAUGGUGGCGAUGAAACGCCAGAAGUUGGAUCUUCAACAGAGACAGCUCGCACUGGCCGAGGCGCAAUUCAACCGUCCCUCCAUCUCGGUCCCAAUAAUUCUUCCCCAGGAUGGAGGUGAGGCAGACGCCCAGUGAGCCAGAGGUGCCACUGCU